UUUAAAGAUAUGGAGCUCAUUGAAGGACGCUUAUUUUUUCUUUUAGAAUUACCUAAUAACAAUGAAAAAAAGAAAAAUUUGACUGAAGAUACAACAAUAUACUUAGAUAAACAUCACAAAAAUACAACAGUGCAAAAGCACUUUGGACCCCCUUCUCUUAAGUCGAUUUGGGAGCACUGUCGCGAAGUUGAUUUAAAAUUAAAAAAUUUCAAGCGUGUUUUCUAUAUUACAAACAGUUUAAAAGAUAACUUUCACAUCGAGCAACGAACGCUAUCAUCAUUUCUAAUGGCUUGUUAUGCUGUCCUUCAAUUGAAUUGGACUCCAGAGAAAACCAAUUCUUUACUUCUUCAAGAAAUCACGGUCAAAUUGGCAUUUUUCCGCGACUACCAUGGUGAUAGUUCAUAUAAAUUAAAUAUCUUGGAUUGCCUUCAAGGUUUGUAUAUGGGUUGUAAAAUACAGAAUUGGUUUUCAUCCUAUGAAUCUAUAAAGUACCCUCAAACGACAAACUUUCAUCUUGAUAUGAAUUUGAUUGUACCAGGUAAAUAUAUUGCUUUUAAAGAUCCAACAAUUAAUUCUAGUAAAAAAAAAGUAUGCGUUUCGAAAUCCGUGAUGAACGAACUUAAAAGAUGUGGGAUAAAAGCCGUGGUUCGUUUAAAUGGAAACGAUCACCUUACAAACUUAGAAUACUACGGACCUCCAUAUAGUUCUUCUGAAUUUAAACAAGAACAGUUUUUUCAUUUUGAAAUUCCUUCUGAAGAUGCCGGAGUUCCUUCAAUUACUCAAAUUAAUGAGUUUGAGAUUCUAUGCAAACGAUUUGCUGGUAAGGUAGCUGUUCAUUGUCACGCAGGUCUUGGACGAACAGCAACUAUGAUAGGAAGCAUUUUGAUAAAAAGCUACGGCUUUGAUUCACGUGCAGUGUGUGGGUGGCUUAAGAUGUGUCGACGUGGUUCUAUCAUGGGAUCUCAACAUUUUUUUUUAGACAAAUUUCAAAAGCAAAUUGAGUCAAAAUAUUCAUUUAAUCAUCAAAUUACAACAACACUUUUAAAAGCAAGACCUCUUCUUGAAGUACCUCAACAGAACCAUCCUAUUAAAGCAGCAAGUAUUGGAACUAGUUGUAAGUGUAAAGGAACAAAUAAUAUUAUACGUAUUGAAAAAGCUCAAAAAAAGAAUCCUGUACCGAAACUAAAAUUUGAAGCAACAUCUGACCUCACAGACGUAAAACCAAUUCGCAGAUGUUCUGAAACUCACGUGACUAGCGCAAAUUAUAAAAAUAUAAUUGAGUCCUCAAAAAGUUAUUCUCCACAAACAACUUUUUCAAAUGAAAUAGCAACAACAAAUAUUAGGAAAAGUAUGUCUAUGCCAACAAAUCAGUUAAGUGUAUCAAAACUCAACCUGAUGAGAAACUCAAUAAUACCUAAAAGGCAACCAAAAACACCUCAGCCUUUAAAGACAGUUAAAACAUUGACAAGUACUAAGAGCAUAUUAUCAGAUAAAAAAAUUUUAAAGGAAAGAGAUGAUUGGGUAACCGAAGAAGUCGUUGCACCAAGAAAAAGUACGGUUUACUAUCUUAGAAAAAAUGCAGAAAAAAAAUAAAAAUAUAUGAUUUGUUAUUCAAACACA